AAACUUCAUCAAUAGCUGAACCGGCUGAUGUCCCCGCGUCCGUCCUCCACGUGCGCACCGGAGAGCUGCAUUCAAACACCGAAAGCUUAAAGUCAGUGACAGGAACGAUGACAGGGAAACACUGGGGAUAUGGAAAAGAGGACGGUCCUUCCAUAUGGCACAAGAACUUCCCCGUGGCCCAGGGGAGCCGUCAGUCUCCCAUUGACAUUGUCCCUCUUCAGGCUUCUCAUGACUCCAGCCUGGGCCCAAUCGUCCUAAACUAUGACCACUGUACGUCCCUCAACAUCUACAACAAUGGACACUCUGUUGUCGUAGAGUUCGAUGACACCGAUGACCGUUCAGUGAUCCAGGGAGGCCCUCUUGACAACCCUUACAGACUAAAACAAUUCCACUUCCACUGGGGUGGAAAAGGCUGCCAUGGCUCUGAGCACACUGUUGCAGGAAAUAGCUAUGCAUCUGAGCUUCAUUUAGUACACUGGGAUGCCAUCAAGUACAGGUCGUUUGGGGAGGCGGCAACUGCUUCUGAUGGCCUAGCUGUCCUUGGAAUCUUUUUAGAGACAGGGGAUGACCACAGAUGGCUCCACACGAUAACAGACGCUCUCUACAUGGUGAAGUACAAGGCGAGUGUCACAGACUUCAAAGGUUUCAACCCAAAGUGCCUCUUACCCAGCAGCCUCCACUACUGGACCUAUCCCGGGUCACUGACCACACCCCCACUGCACGAGAGUGUCAUAUGGAUUGUCCUGAAGGAGCCAAUCACAGUCUCUGAAAAACAGCUAGGCAAGUUUCGAAUGCUCCUGUUCAGUGGAGAGGAAGAGGAUCAGAGGAUACGCAUGGAAAACAACUUCAGGCCUCCCCAGCCUCUCAAAGGCAGGAAAGUCCGUUCCUCCAAUUAAUGUGACCUCCAGAGAUCUGAAGUCGGAGAGAACAACAAGAGCUCUUUUAGACAACAGUGAAUGCAUCAAAUUGAGUGUAGUUUUUAUUUGAUUUCAGUAACUUGUCCUGAAGAUAUCUGAUUGUAACUUUGAACACUGCCGGCACACUGAGUGGCAUGUUUCUCCCUGUCAGAGGCUUCAAUGACAGAGAGAAGAAUCAGUUUUGGAUGAUUUAAGGGAUGAUAUACUAUUUAUUCUCAGCAAGUGUAUCAUUGCCAUUACUAUGGUUAUCAUUACGGUUGAAGAUUGAAAGCUUGGAGCUGUACCUCCACAGCUGUUCAAGCGUUGCCAGGAAAACAAGGGGGCUCUAUCAACAAGCGACAAGCUCAUGCAAGAGGCUAAUGUAUGCAACUGGUAAGUCAGUAUAGCAGUGGAGCCUGUUGAUGUUCGCAGACUGGCAUCACAGCACUCUGCCGUCUGCGAAUCACAGCUUCAGCCCUCCUACUGAUCCUGACUGAUCCCCAGUUGAUCCGGUCUAUUGCUGAUGGAUUCCCAGUGCUUGUGGCCAUAGAGCUCUUUCAGUCCAACAAUACCAACUGGAGGUGGGAUUGGAUUAGUCCUGCUUUUGCUCUAACUGCUCAAGUCUGAAAGUCUCAGGUCCCUUUUUUUUAAAGAGCUCAAUAGACUCGAGUGUGAUUUAUUCUUUUUUUCUGGUAUGCCCUCCAGAUUUAACAAAAAAAAAAAAAAAACAUCUGUUCAUAGUUGUUUGUCAUUCAGGGUUUUACUAACCUCAUUCAGCUCCUGCCAGGGUUUACUGAUUUCUAUAUUUCAUUCAACCAAUCAUUGUUUACAUGGUCUUCUCUAUCUGAAAUGAAAUGCAUCCUGUUUUAAGUGUCAAGUUUCUUGGUCUGGGGUUUCUACUAUGCAGGAUGUAAUGACCUCUGAAGCUGCAGUUUUAAACAAAAGGAAAAAAAAACAGUACAGUAUGUAAAUUCCUGACAGAGCUCCUGGUGUCUCACUUGGGUGAGUUGUAGCAACUUAUGCAAUGCUAGUCCUUUUCUGGUCUUGGAUUUCACUGGGAUGGCAGCUUUGAAGUUCCCCUUAAGUGUACCCAUGAUGACUGGCACCUCACUUAUGAUUGUUUAAAGCUGUUAAUGUGAAACAACAUAAAAACAUGUAAUUAUGUGUGGUUUGAAUAUUUUUGUAAUAGAUUCAAAAUCAGGUUUGCUGGAUUAAAUCAAAUUCAAAAUAA